GCCAUCCGGCAGCCCCCUCUCUCCUCCCCUUCGCUGUCCCCUCGCUGCGCCGCCUCUGACUCGGUUUCCCUUUCUUCCCCGCUUUUCUCCCUCCGCCGCCUCCUGGCUGAGGGACUGGAUUUCACCCCCGGCCUCCGCCUCUCGGGCUCCCGCUCUGCCUCCCGCAAGAGAGAAAGGAGCGCAAAGCAGUUUCCCCCCCGCCGGGCUCCGACUGUCCCCGCGCUCGCUUCUCCGUCCCCUCCCCCAUGCCAUUGUUCCCUGGCCGGAGGCGAGCGCGGCACAAACUUGCGAGUGCCUCCUCCCCGCCCCCGCAGGGCUGCGGACGCAGGUGGUGGCGGAGUUCCUGCUGUCCGCAAGUCUGGCCCGACCUUCUGGUUUCGGGGGGCCGGGGGCGGAGAGGCUGAGCCGGAGGACGCGGGGCGCGCCUUACAGCCCGGAGCUCCCUGCCCGAGGACCCCAGCCCUUAGGCUGAGUCUCAGAAAGUGGGGGGACACGGACGCUGGGGAUCAGGGGAUUUUGCUGAAAUCCGUCUGACUGGUUAGAGGACAGAAUCAAGAGAACACGGCUGCCCAGUGGGAAGGAACGGACGCCUGCUUCGCACGCAGCUCGAGUGACUGUCCAAGGCAUCAGGCUGAAUGAGCGAAGCCAGACUCCCACGGCUAAACACUUUAUGACCCCUGUACCUAACAGGAUUGGAAAGGUGGAAACAGCUAAAGUGACAGAGGAAAGGUGGCUGACACUGAGGGAGCCCAGGGCCGCCUGGGGCAGCGCCCCGCCUUCAGCAGCUCUACAGCCCUUUCCCACUGGCGCUCCAGUCCCCGCGUAGGUUUGGGCUGACUUUGGACAAGGACUGGCACUUUGGACGUGUCUCUGUCACCGCGUGGUGCUGGCACACGAGGCUGGGCUCCAGCACAAGAUGGCGGCCAAACAGCCCCCCCCUCUCAUGAAGAAGCACAGCCAGACGGACCUGGUGAGCCGCCUGAAGACCAGGAAGAUCCUCGGCGUGGGCGGGGAGGACGACGACGGGGAGGUGCACCGUUCCAAGAUCAGCCAGGUCUUGGGCAAUGAGAUCAAGUUGGGGGGGGGGGAGCCUCUGGGACUCAGGGUCUGGCAGUUCGUCUCGGCCAUGCUCUUCUCUGGCAUUGCCAUCAUGGCCCUGGCCUUCCCUGACCAGCUCUAUGAUGUCGUCUUCGAUGGAACCGAAGUGACCAGCAAGACCCCUGUCCGCCUCUACGGGGGUGCGCUCCUCAGCAUCUCCCUGAUCAUGUGGAACGCGCUCUACACGGCCGAGAAGGUGGUCAUCCGCUGGACCCUGCUUACCGAGGCCUGCUACUUCGGGGUCCAGUUCCUGGUGGUCACUGCCACCCUGGCAGAGACGGGCCUCGUGUCCCUGGGCGUCCUGCUGCUCCUGGCCAGCCGCCUCCUGUUCGUCGCCAUCAGCAUUUACUACUAUUACCAAGUUGGCCGAAGACCCAAGAAAGUCUAGCCGCCUGCUGGCUGCGGGCCCCACCCUUGCCUGGGGUAGGGGCCUCUGGGGCCUCUGUCUCUCUUCGGCUCCCGGGAGGCAGGAGGGACCCCGUCCUGGCCUGCCCACUCCCGGGCAGGCAGGGUGGUGGCCUCCUGUCCUCGUGGGCCUUCCCGGAUGCUGUGAUCUCGGGCUUCUGGCUUCAGAUGCUGGCUGGGGAGAGGCAGGGCCGCUGCACCCCGUCCUGUCGCGCACAAUGACACCCUCUUUUCUGGGCUCCCUUGGCCACCACAUCCCCUCAGCAGACAACGACUGAAAAGCUCGAGUCUUGGGAGUAUCGGCUCAAGUGGAGGGUCUGGCCUCCUCUGCCAGGAAGACCUCCUUUCUGGGGAGAAGAAGCUGUGGGCCAUCCCCGUUCCUCCCAGCCACCUAGCCCAGCAGCUAAACUCAGCUUCUGAGAACUUGCCCCAGUGUCCCGACCCCUCGGCUGGGCCUUGCCCACAUGUGGGGGUCCCCUUGCACACCCUGAACGCACACACACUCUUUCCCACUGUGGCUGAGGCCCGACAGGCUGGGGGGCUGCCUGACUUGGCAUUUGCCCUCGCGGCCUAACCGUGAUGACAGGCCACAUGCAGCCAGCCUGUCCCCACCCCAGGUGGGCCCACCCUGAGCUCCUGGGCCCUGCUCGGGUGCUUUGUCUCCAGGGCUGGCUCUGCCCCAUCCCCCCCGGGACCUCCACACUAAAUGUCCUGAGUUCUGAGGCUGUCACUGUACACACCCACAGCCCCACCCCUGCCCAGACAGAUGGGCACACCACAGCCCCGGGUGGUGGCAGGUUUGGAGACAGGCAGAGAAGGGUGACAUUUCUCCCCCCUGGUCCAGCCCUCAUCCACUCCUGACCCUCUCUCCCUGGGGCACUGCCCUCUGACCUCCAGGCCAGGGCUGCCCCAAGACCUGGCCGAGGAGGACCUGGUGCCCUUCCAGAGCAGGGAAGUACACGUGCACACUCCAGCUGGCACCCUCAUCUUCCCUGUCCCCCCUCCCUGCAGGCCCAGAGUCCGUCAUGUGCCCUGUUAGUCCUCCAGUCACCCCUUCUCUUGGCACUAGUGCACCCCAGGAAGGGCCCUGGGACAGGUGUGGGGAGAGCAGCUGCAGGGCCCAUCAGGCUUCUCCGUGUGCACUACAGUGGGGUGGGGCUGCUGCCCCUGCCUGGGCACCCUGCGCCUCGUUCUGCCCUCUUGGGCCCAGUGACAUGCCUGUGCCCAGCAGAGCCACGGUAGCACAGCAGUGAUGGCCAAGGAAUGGCGCCGUGGCCAUG